GCGCUGAUGUAUGUGGCUGUCAGCAUUUCCCUUUCAUCACUACCUAUUAAGGUGGAACAAAAAGUUAGGUUAUGUUAGGUUAGAUUUUAGUUGACACGUAUUAUAAAUUAUUAAUUUUUCAAUGUAAUGUGGUAUGAAACGAAUGCGAAUGAAGAACGGAAACACAGAAACGAUGUCAUAUCUACGUGACUGGAGGCAAGCAUUGCGUGCUCCUCAUGUCUACAGAGUUGCUAACAGUACAUUUCGCAUUCAGAGCCAAUAUUUGGCUUUAAUCUUUCUAUUACUAUCUAUUCCUUUGUUCCUACUUGGAUUCCCUUUGCUGCGCGGAGUUGUACAUUCGUCGUCAUCGAAUCAAUUUUUGUCACAGUGUAGAUAUUACAAGUACAAUAAGACGUACCCUCUGUCAGCUCCGAUCAAGACAUCUAAGGGUAUCACUUAUCGUAUAGCAAUAGUAAGUGAUCUUGACCACAAUUCCAAAAGUCUAGAUAAAAAAGAUGUGUGGCACAGUAUUAUGAAAACUGGAAGUCUCUUUUGGAAUCCUAGCACAAAUUUUCUUUCGGUUGUUUGGGAUGAUAGAAACCACAUGUUAUCAUCAUCUUUAACUUUAAAAGGACGUGGCAUGGAAUUGUCUGAACUGGUUACGUUUGAUGGACAUUUAUUGUCUUUUGAUGAUCGUACUGGAAUUGUAUAUUUUAUUGAAGGAGAAGAAGUUUAUCCCUGGGUUAUUUUAAUGGAUGGUAAUGGUAAAAAUUCUAAAGGAUUUAAAUCUGAAUGGGCAACUAUUAAGGAUGAGCAUUUGUAUGUUGGUAGUAUGGGUAAAGAAUGGACCAAUCCUUCAGGAGUAUUUGAACAUAAUAAUCCCCUUUGGGUAAAAGUUAUUACUCCACGUGGUGAAGUUCAAUCUGUGAAUUGGAUUUCAAACUAUAAACGAUUAAGACAAGCAAUAAAUAUUGAAUAUCCAGGCUAUAUGAUUCAUGAAUCAGGAGCUUGGAGCGAUAUACACAAAAGCUGGUUCUUUUUGCCAAGGAGAUGUUGUCACCAGCGCUAUAAUGAAACUAAAGAUGAAACAAUGAGUUGCAACAUCUUACUAACUGCUGAUGAAAAUUUUGUAGAUAUCAAGGUUACCAAAGUUGGUAAUUUAGUUCCAAUCAGAGGUUUCUCAAGUUUCAAAUUUUUACCAGGUUCUCAGGAUACGAUUAUCAUUGCCCUUAAAACUGAAGAAUAUCAAGGACAGACAGCUACGUACAUUAUGGCAUUUACAAUUGAUGGAAACAUCAUGAUGCCUGAGACUAAAGUGAUAGAUAAAAAAUUCGAAGGUCUUGAAUUCAUAUGACAUUCCACUUAAGAAUAUUCGUACUAAAUUUAAACAAUGUAAAUAAAUGUACAGAAAUUUUAUAGUUCCAUAUUACCGUUAUACAACAUGUAAUGACUGUGUAAACUAUUUUACACAGUUCCUGUUCAGUUGAAUCUUUUAUUUUACACAGUUUUAUUCUAUCACCAGUAUUGUUCUUUUUCAAAAUGUACUUUUAUUUUCAUAAUAAUGGCAACACGUUUACUGUAUACUACUAAAUGCGUCAAUUGUAAAUAUAGUGUACAUACGAAUGUUUAACAAUACUUAUUAUACAAUGAAACGGAAUGUUACGUAUAAUUGAACUCGACGAGAUACAGAGAUUAUGAAAUAGAAUUAGGAAUUUAAUGUUUUGUUUUAUACAUUGACCAUUACAAGUGCAAUAGAAUAGAACGUUCCAAUCUA